GUCAACCUGAAGGAGCAGGGGCAGCUGAUUCGUCAGGACGAGUUCCUGGUGUUCUUCAGGAAGAAAAAGUGUUUCCGCCACAUCUUCCUCUUCCAGGACCUUGUCCUCUUCAGCAAGACUAAGAGGACCGUUGUGGGCAAUGACACUUAUGUAUAUAAACAGUCAUUCAAGGUAUGCAGACUCUCUGUACGAAACACAGCAUAAUAUAUCCCAAUGUGAAACUUGAGCCAAAGCUACCUUCCUUUGAAAUCAUUGAAACACAUGCUCAAGUCAUAAAAGGGCCUUGUGGAGGCCUUGUGUCACAUGAAAAGUAAUAUGUGGAAUUUCCCAUUUUAGCUAGCUACACUCCUACAGUUUAACUUACAGGCCACCUCCUCUAAUGUGUAGCAAAACUGUAUAUGAUUCACUGUACGUUGACACAUACCCUGUUUGUAAAUGAAGAAGGAAACCCGUCUGUCUAGGGUGAUUACUUUCUAAACAAAAAAUAAGAAGAUACGAACACUGCAAUAUCCAUGUAUAGGCUUUUGUAUGCCUUAUAAAGGGUUUAUGAAGACUUCAUAAGCCUUUACAAGUUGUAUUUAUUUUAAAGACCAUGUUUUCUAUUCUGACAGACCUCUGACAUUGGGAUGACCCAUAACUCAGGGGACAGCGGGCUGUGCUUUGAGAUCUGGUUCAGAAGGAGGAAGUCCCAGGACACGUACACCCUGCAGGCCAGCAACAGAGAGGUCAAGGAUGCCUGGACCAAAGACCUUGAGCGCAUCCUCUGGGAGCAGGCUGUACACAACAGAGGUCAGAGGUCACCCCUGAGAUUAACCAGCCAAUCAGAUCUCUCGUGUCCUAAGAUGAUCUGGUCUGUAUUUGAAAACGUUACUAGCAGUCAAAUCCUUGCUUGCUCUGUCAUUAUUUUCUCAAUUCCUCUCAAAGGGCAUUAGAGGUGACGCUCCCAUGGAAAGACUAUGAAUCAUCUCCAAUGCACAAUAACACAAGAACAGAGGAAGAAAGGAUUUGCCAGCUUGUAAAGUUUUCAGAUACAGCCACAGAGAUCAACCUACUAUAUUUUCCCACACUCCCACUGAUCUGAAAAGAGUUGAUGCGUUAAGCAAUGACAUUUAAACCACCACUUUCAACUGUGGUCAUGUGGAACAGAUAAUGAAAAUAAGCCAUUACAGGCUACUGGUGUACAGCUCGCAUCACUUGCCAGUACUUGGCAAGCAACCAAUCCGAUUGUAGGACUUUAAGUGGAAGAAGGGAGGGUCUUGACGGGACGCUCUUGCAACAUAGUUCUACAUUAAAGUGCUGACAUAAUGUCCAAGACACACUGGUGGGAUUGAGACUUGUUCAAUGUUUGAGUUUUCUUAUUGUGUUCCCUAGUAGGUCAAUUACUUGCUUACUAAAUCAUUUUCAUCCCAUUUGGGACAUAGGUAAGGCUACAAUGAGCUCCCUCUACUUCAGGGCUCUCCAAACCUGUUCCUGGAGAUCUACCCUCCUGUAGGUUUUCGAUCCAAACUUCAGUUGUAACUAACCUGAUUCAGUUUAUCAACCAGCUGAUUAUUAGAACCAGGAAGUGGAAGGGGGAAGGGGGAGGAGGUAGGUAACAGGUGACUUGUUUGUCUUUCCUUCAUUAAAGCCCAAAAUUGGCACCAUUUAAAAAUAAACAUAAAUACAAAAAUAUAACAGUUUUAUUUGAGGACCAAAAUGUUGAAAGCGGCACCAUACAGGUUACAACUAGUUAGGAAGAGAUUUUCGAUGUGCCGAUUCUGUGGCACAUGGUUUAUGAACUGAUACGCAAAACAACUCUUGAUUCAAAACGUAGUGUUUUUCAAUUUAAAUUAUUAUACAUCAUUCUUGCCAUAAACAGAAUGUUAUGAAUAUGGGGCAUACAACCAUCUCAGCUCUGCAAAUUUUGCUGCGAAGAGACAGAAUCACUAGAUCAUUUAUUCUGGUAUUGCCCCUAUGUAGCUUGUUUCUGGUCACAGGUUCAGGAAUGGUUAAAAAACCACAACAUUUAUCUCAAAUUAACCCUACAAAUAGCACUGUUGGGAGAUUUGAAAAGCCAUAGUCAAUCAAUCAACAAUAUAAUAAUACUUUUAGUCAAAAUAUUUAUCUUUAACUUAGUCUGUAGAUACAAUGCGAUUAGACAGGUUCAGAGUUAAUGUGACGCCUCACAGCACAGUUGAAAGAUAUAUGGCACAUGGAAAUCAUAAGAGGGUGCUUUACAGAGGUAGAUAGGUGGGAUGGACUGAGAGUAGCUAAGUGGUGGGUUUAAAAGCUCAUGUUCCAUAAUAGUUAUGACUGAAAACACUAUGUAUAAUGUAUAAGUACUAUCUAUCCAGAUGUAAUGUAUAUAAAAAUAUCAAAUUACUUUAUUCUUGCUCUGUAACUACUGUUAAAAAAAGUGCCAUGUAUGUAAAAUGUGUGUAGAAUGUACAUGUAACAACAAAACAAAAAAUUGAGGGGAGGUGGUGUAUGGGUAAAAAAAUCAGGAGCGCUAGAUUAGGGGGGGGAAAAACACAGAAUAGAAGAAUAAUAAUUAUAGAAUCAGGAACGCUAGAUUAGGGUUGGAGCGAAAACCUACAUGAUGGUAGCUCUCCAGGAUCAGGGUUGAAGUGAAAACCUAUAGGAGGGUAUCUCUCCAGGAUCAGGGUUGAAGUGAAAACCUAUAGGAGGGUAUCUCUCCAGGAUCAGGGUUGAACUGAAAACCUACAGGAGGGUAUCUCUCCAGGAUCAGGGUUGAAGUGAAAACCUAUAGGAGGGUAUCUCUCCAGGAACAGUGUUGAAGUGAAAACCUAUAGGAGGGUAUCUCUCCAGGAUCAGGGUUUGAAGUGAAAACCUACAGGAGGGUAUCUCUCCAGGAUCAGGGUUGAAUUGAAAACCUAUAGGAGGGUAUCUCUCCAGGAUCAGGGUUGAACUGAAAACCUACAUGAUGGUUAGCUCUCCAGGAUCAGGGUUGAAGUGAAAACCUACAGGAGGGUAUCUCUCCAGGAACAGUGUUGAAGUGAAAACCUACAGGGUAUCUCUCCAGGAACAGUGUUGGAGAGCCCUGCAGUCUACUUAUUUCUGUCUAUGGUAACAUGUUGUACCUCGCUCCAAGAAUAGUAGAGCUCUGACAGUUCAUCUAGGUCAAUGUUUUAAUGUUAUUAUUGUGGUUGCUUUAUUCCAGAGAUCUAUAUGCAGGAGAGGGUGUUCAUGGGUAUCGGGAACAAGCCCUUCAUGGAUAUCCAGCCUAGUGAUGCGGCCAUCAACGACAGGGCAGUCAACUGUGCUCUGAUGGGAAGAGGUACAAAGCCGUAGCAUACUAUAGAGAUUAUAUUAGGACAAGUUUAAUGCCAUUGGAAUUCAAUUAAUCCCAUUGUUAUUACGCGUUAAUUCAUCAAAUUCAUCUAAUAUUGUAAUUAGACUAUGAAUGGAACGGAUAUUCAGAUUAAGAAAUUAACACUAUCAUAGAUGUUUUUCCCAAGUCCUAGUUGUUCCUUCUUUGGCAAUUCUCUUGUUGUCUCAAUCCCGUCCUGUCCCGUCUCGUACAAUUUGAUCUCAUCUGACCCUCCCAGAAUCCAAGGCAUUUGCCCCCUCGGGGACGUCUGGUUCGCUGGGCGGGUUUCCUGUGCUGCAGCCAAACUCCUUUGGCUCGGGGAGCUGUUUGUCGACCUCCGGCAGCCACUCCUCUUCCUCCUCGGGGAGAGGGUCCCUGUCCUCCCCAGUGGCGGGGUACCUGUGCGGCCCAAAGCUGAGGGGGGCGGCUGGGGGUCACGGGGGGUAUUCGGAGCGCCCUGGGGUCCUGGAGGAGGAUGACAUGGACCAGGAGAGCGGGAGUCAGAAUCUACUGAGUGAGUGGCUUUAAUAAGGAAGGUAGCGUGUUUGAAAUGUAAAACAUGCUAAUUUGAGGGAUAUUGACUUGUAUUGGUCUUUCGAUGAAAGUGCUUAAGUUAUCAUUUGGUGACAGCAACCAGGUAAAGAAAACCAAAGCAUUAAUUGUUGUCUCUCCUUGUCCAAAUCCUGCUUAAAGAGUAAGGAAACAAAUGUAAUUGUUAUAAUUUGGGUGAACUAUCACUUUAAGUCUCAUGUGUCAGACUCUCUUCCUCACGUCAAGCCGAAGCAUCUGCUGUCAACAACACAAUAUUUCUCUUAAAACAGUGCAGAGGUGGAAGAUUGCUGUAGGUGUCUAGGUAACUGCUGUUUGACUUCACAUUAAACUAAAGUACAGUUUUUAAUCCUGGUGUUAAACUAGUGCGUUGCAGCUAAUUGCUAUAUGACGUGUUUGUGGAAUGAUAAGUCUAAUAUCGACUGAGGGGAUGAAGCUACAGCAGCUCUAGUCAAUCUUGCUUGUUUUCUCUGUUUUCAAAAUAGCAUUUGAGUGUUUAAAUUGUGAAGAAAUGUAUUAUAUUAGCUGUAACUUGAUAGAAAUUAAUUGGAGGAGGGCUGUCUGUUUUACUGUCUGGCUACUGUGGAUGCCUCAACACAGACCAAAUCUGGUCAAAUGGGCUUUUGCCAGCCAGGCAAUAAAUUCCAUGUGUGCUUUACUGUUAACAUAAGAGGGGCUCUAUGUUCUACUAUAUGAUGUAACUAAAGACAGAGAACUUCCAGGCAUAAAGCGGAUCAGUUUAUUCUUUUAAAUCAGAAUGAAUAAGCACUCCUACUCUGAGAUGGUUUAAGAAUAUGGACCCUGGUGUGUACAGCCACUUAAUCCUUUCAGAUUAGAAUUUGGACACUAGUCUUAAAGUUUUCCUUCCUAUUCCAGUGGACAGCUCCGAGUCUUCGGGAGAGAGCGUGAGCGGCGGCUUCAGCAGCUCUGCCUCCUCCGUCGUCAGCCUGAAGGAGGCGCUAGCCCGCAGACCUGAAGACAAUGACCCACAAAGCCAAGAGUCCCAUCUGGUCUACAGUAAAAACCACCUCACCCUCGUUCCCACACCAAACCACCGGGCCUGACUAAGGAUCCUCCCAAGGUGUGGGUUGAGACUAACCAUGAGCUUUUCAAUUUCCCAUGAAUAUCAUGCUAUUAGGCUGAAUCCUAAGUCAGAUGUUCACUUAACCAUGCGUUGAUGUUGUGCACCGGACACCAGGUCUGCCUUUCCUCCUGUGUCUCCCCUCUUCAUCUCUAUCCCCAACUACAUAUGUACCGUUUAAAUAAAGCAUAAAAAAGUUAACCUUUAAAAAAAAAGAAUCAUGCUAUGAUGUCAGUGGGAGGCAUGAACUGAUGUUCUGGUCAUUUUCCCCACAGGUUCAAAAUGCGGUCAUUGGAAAGUCAACUGAGGUUUGA